AUGCCUCUGUCAAAGAUAAAUGUUGACCCUCUGUUUCAAACGGGGCCAGAAGACCUGCGUCGCAAGAAAGAAGAUCAGAGGCAUGCGGAAUACUACACGGAUACGACGACAUAUAUCGCUAUGUUGCCCUUGCUCAAUGCCAUGAAACUGUUCGGACUUUAUCACGGGAGGCACAGCCGGAACGGGAGCGCAUGUGCAUUGGUGUACAGCGCAGUGAUCAGCUUCUUGUUAAUGACAGCGUCGUUGAGGAUGUUGCUACUUUUUGAAUCUAAUGAAUCGUUUAGCCCGGAACUCUUCACGAAGGUGGCAGUAACGAACUGGUUUAUCUUGUGCAUGAUCCAGGCUUUGUCCAGUUUUAGGGUAUGGUAUUCGAAAGACAAAGCACCUGGCUUCAUGACAGAUUAUCACAAGUUGGUAGCGCACUGUGAAAUCAAACACGACUGCUUUGCAAGGAAGUUACGAAAGCGUGCUGUUAUUGCAACAUCUUUGGCCGUUUCGAUUGUCGUUAUCAACACAUUUCUCAUUGCAUAUUUGUUAGCCACUUCGAGAGCGAUGGAUUUUGUUCUGAGCCCGUUGCAGAUGUUUAAAGGAUACCCAAGUUGGGUGCGGUCACUUCUUACCGGCUUGGCAACAGUAAACCUCACAUACACUUCAGCAGCAUGGGUUUUGCCGCUGGCGUUCGGACACUGUAUCAGCUACGUGGUCAGGUCGGAAUUGAACUGUUUUAACAACGCAUUCAGCAAUCAGAUCGACAGAAAUGGCGCCUUUGACGGUGAUUUGUCUGAUUACAGAAGUCGCCACCAGGCAAUUACUAGACUUGUUAAAGAGGCUGACGAUCUGUUGGGGGUGCAAAUAUCGUGUAGCCUUAUCUGUGGUUUGGCAUUGGAGAUAUUUAUGCUUUACAAUACUUUAUGGGAUGGAAGUAUUCGUCACGACUCAAUGCAGUUGUUGUCAUACAUCUAUUGGAUAGCUGGCUCAGGGCUGUGUCUUGUUAUCAUAAUCUACGAUGGCGCCAUGGUCAACAGUGCAGCCCACCAAAGCCUCUCGCGGCUGCAUGAUAUAAAGUUGCAGAAGCAUUCUAACAUCCGGGAUCUUACUGAGAUAACCAUUUUCCUGAACAAGCUAUCUGGUCCACCCAUUGGUUUGACCGCCAUUGGCUUAUUCGUCAUAGACAAGCCAACUAUUCUAACGGCGAUCGGCAUGUUCCUCACCUACUUCGUGAUCGUUGUACAAUUUAGGAUGCCAACAAGCACAGGAGACGACGCCAGCGCAAAUGCAACAUUGACAUAAUUGUUAAGGUGUAUAAUGAUCUGCUGACAAUGUCAUAGU